AGAUGCCAGUUUGCUACUGCAAGCUUCAGAGGUGCGGUCGUUGGUCGCGUAAGCCGGUUCGCGGUGUUUUCGCUGAUCUUUAUUUCACGUUUGUCGCGGCGUGUGAAUCAAAGACACUAAUAAACAUGUCAAGAAGGAACAAUAUUCGUACGUGACACGAGUGUUAAUAUUUGUGCCUCAUCUUUUAUUGUGCUGUAAUGACGACCAGGCAAAAUCGAAGAAAACUAUAUUGAGAAAAGUGUCGAUUCCUCGAAGAAGCAGCCACGGUAUGUCACUUAUCAAUUUCGAUCGUCAGUGGCUCGUGAUCUUCGACAAUAGAAUACCACCUUGGUGACAGUGAUCGCAUACCUUCUCUAUAAUUAAACUAUAUAAUGUCAACAGUGAACUCGAGUGCUCGUCCAAGUACAUCCGAAGCCAUCUGAGAGACAAGACUUGAUUCGGUGUUCGUUGCUUCGGUGUCCGCGUAAAAAGACGAAGAAUUUCAAUAGAAUCAGAAGGAAGAGAAAGAAAAAAGAUAAGAAUGGGGGGUUCGAUGAGAGGAACGAGGAUCUCGUGGAGCGUGUGUCGACCGUUGUCACGAUGGAGAUCGAGAUUGUUGGGCCAGUGGGCCUGAGAUAUGCCAGCAGCAUCGGUUAGCUCGGUGAUCACGGAAACGGCAUCGUCCUCAUCAUCGAGGCUGAGGUCGGAAACGGCGGCGUCGGGCGGUAUAGCUGGCCGACAGCUGGCCAGGCUAGAAAUCGAGACGAUCGAGCGACGGGUCUGUGCGACCCGACGCGAUCUCUUCGUUCCUGUGACCGUCGAUCCACGUCCAAGUCGAGCCGUCCAUUGUCCGGACUUGAACGCCUGUCUGGUGAACGAGUCUCGAUCGGGCAACGAUCAGGUCGACUGUCAGGCCGUCCACUUCGGUUACGCUAUACCCGUGAACGUGGUGCCACUCGAGGGUAAUCCUGAACUGGUGGAGCUGGUGUUGGAUCACUCGACCGAGUUGAGUAGAAGAACGACGAGCUUUCUGCUCGAACACCAUCCCCAGCUACGUCAACAGACGCGCGGACCCGGCCAGACGCAGCAGGAAGAUUGGAGAAUGGCUGCUACGGCUAAACACGAUCUUCGUCGCAAGUUCCCCACGGACACUUCGACCUCUGGCGACGAAGAUAUCGCUGCGAUCGCGAAACAAAUCAGCGACCACGCGGAGGCGAUCUAUCAGACGUGGAAGAGCCGAGGUCUGGCUCCCACGGAGAUCUUGAAUUGCCACAGCAAUGCAACCGCGGCGGAUAAGUUCGGCACCGUCCUCACUCCGACCUCCAGCCCGAACAGCACCGGUAAAACUACCCCGACUACGCCUACCUCUACGGCCACCGUCGACAUACUGACUCAGCCACCUAGUCUGGACAACGGAAACCUGGAGAAGCUGGUUAAUAAUUUCGUGGUUGAGGAUAAAGCAAGGAUAGCCGCGUCCAGGCAGAGGUCGCCGUCCAAGACACUGCCUUCGUCGAUACAGUUCGCGCUGCAGAAGUUUGAGAGGAACUCGACGCAGCAGCAGCAGCAGCAGCAGCAGCAGCAGCCACCGCCACAGACAUCGCCGUUGAAGAACAGCAACGUGGUGGGUGGUCAAGCCAAAACGAAACAGACUACGUUGCUCUCGCCUACGUCUCCGUUCGCUAAUAAACCAUCUCAGAUAGUGAAGCCUCAGGUGUCUUCGAAGACUCCUGGCGCUCAUCAUCGAGAAGUCUUCUUGGAGACGAUCGAGACCACGUUCCCGGCUGACAUAACGCCAUCGAAGAUCGUGGUGCAACAGAAGAGGCCAACCAGCACCGUCAUCACUUCUCCGAAUCUCGAUGAAUCUUCUAUGAACUCUGGCUUAACCACGUGGCCACUGAAGAACAAGUUGAACGAAGGCAAGAGGAUAACGACGGAUCCAUCCGCGAGGUCGUCUUCGCAGGAUAGUAAACUGUUGAUAACGAAGGAGGAGAAGAGGAACAGUGGUUCAAAUUCGAACGUCUACCUGGACGAAGUGGCUCGCGAGGAGGAAAGACUGAUAAACGCGUUGAAAACUGGAUCCGUGAUCACGGAAGAGCCUACGGAGAGGACGGUGCCGGCUCUGGCUCGACAGAAACCGGCGAUAAAGCGAGAAAAGCCAAAAGUGGAACCCGUUAAACCCAUAAUCAUUGGUCACAAUCACCAUGGCACCGGUCUGGUACCAGCUUCCGCGACUAUGGUGAAUAAUGUCGUCAGUACUCCACCUGGAAACGGUACACCGAUCGUGUCCGACGCGAAAUCCCUGAGUAAAGACGAUUUGUCUAACAUGUCCGUGGUGGAUUACGCGAAAGUGAGAUACAGGGCGGCUCAACAAAAUCCGGCGACGCAACAGAGGCUGGAAGAGCAGAAGACGAACAACGGAUCGGCGUUCAAUGCCACGGAACAAUUGGUGUCCACCACUAGGUCCAAGUUUGAAACAGAGAUACGAAAGGAUAAAGAGGCUAACAAGGAGGAGAAAGAUCCUGUAACGUCCAGAUGGGGACCAAGGAUCAAUUCUCCCAGGCCAAGGAUCGAGCAAGUGCCUCAUCCUGAGCUAACCACCCAGCAGAAACAGCAUAUCAGGGCUGCUGCUGCGACAGGAACCGGAAAUAAUCCUAUCAGACCCUUCCUCACUAGAGGUUCGGUCGCCGAACGUGUGCUUAUCUUUGAAAAGUGUCCUAGCGAGUUGUUGCUUGACAAACGGGGACCACGACAACCAGCUAUCAACACUUGGAGGACUGGGCACGAGGUUCAAAAUAAGGCUCAGACGUACGCGAAAGACAAGACACAGCAAAAGAGCUUGCCACCGCACACCACGCUCCAGAGGCACGUGAAAGCGAACAGAAACGUUCACAUACCACGAUUUUACUUUCCUGGAGGAAAACCUGUGCCGGUGUCUCAGAUCGAUGCAACCGUUUCCAAGAUCACUGCUGCUUUCCAAGCUCUACCAGGCCAUCGGGCUUCUCGUGGUCAAUUUCAUACCAUCACCAAGGCAUGCGACUUGCCGCUUUACUGGAAGGUGCCGCUUUUCCUCGCGGCUGGAGGAGAUCAGACUGGAUACGUCGAAAUGAAUGCGUUCCUUGAUUUCUGGAAAGAAUUGUCGAAUACCCACCACGACGCGGCGAGCAAGUUUAUCAGAAUCACAACCCGAGGCCAGAGGAACAAUAUACUCCCAGAGGAUUUAAUCCCAUUGGUCCAAGACGUGGUCGAGACUCACCCUGGUUUAACUUUCCUGAAAGAGGCUACUGAGUUUCAUUCACGCUACGUACACACGGUGAUCGCCAGGAUAUUUUAUUGCGUAAACCGAAGCUGGAGCGGAAGAAUCUCUGUAGCUGAACUGAGAAGAAGCAACUUAAUGUCGGUGAUCGCGAUUCUAGAACACGAGGAAGAUAUCAAUCAAGUUACCGCAUACUUCAGCUACGAACACUUCUACGUUAUAUAUUGUAAAUUCUGGGAAUUGGAUCGGGAUCACGAUCUCUUUAUCGAUAAAACCGACCUCACCAAACAUAACGAUCAUGCCCUGUCGAAACGUAUGAUCGCAAGAAUAUUCAGCGGUGCCGUGACAAGAGGUGGCAUGAAAAGUGGGAACGGUGUGCAGCAACCACAGGAUAAAAUGAGUUAUACAGAGUUUGUAUGGUUCUUGUUAAGCGAGGAGGACAAAAACCACCCGACUGCGAUCGAAUAUUGGUUUAGGUGCAUGGAUCUCGAUGGAGACGGUUACUUAUCAAUGUACGAGCUGCAAUAUUUUUAUGAAGAACAGUUGCACCGCAUGGAAGCAAUUGGAAUCGAAACGUUGCCCUUUGAGGACUGUCUUUGUCAGAUGUUGGAUAUGAUCAAACCAGAGACACCAGGAAAGAUAUCUUUGAGCGAUCUGAAGAAAUGCAAAAUGACGUCGAUCUUCUUUGAUACAUUCUUCAAUCUUGAGAAGUACCUGGAUCAUGAACAAAGAGAUCCCUUCGCGUCAGCUAGAGAACACGAUCCUGAUGGUCACGAGCUGUCAGAUUGGGAUCGAUUCGCAGCAGAGGAAUACGAAUUGCUAGUUGCUGAAGAGAGCGGUAACGAACAGAACGAACAAAUGUCGUACGAUUGCUUACCAGAGGACGUGUUCUCCCGAAACUUGGACAUUUUAGACAGCGAAUCGGCGGAUUUGCUUGAAAAAUCAGACAUUCAGUUCUCGGGACAUCCUGACGGUCUGUCGACGGUCAGCCAGUCAGAUUCGAUUCGGCAUCAAGCCAGAAGUCAAUAUUAUGAUAGCGGUGACAGUGAUGAUUACGCUGAAAGCGACAAUUAAUCGUUUCCUCGUUUGCAAACGCGCAACGAUAUCUGCUUGAAGAAAUUGAACGUGAUUGCAAAGAAGAGAAAUAUCCUGUCCCCUCGAAGCGAGAGUAGUUUAAACGUGUAGUUAUUCUCUAUACGAUUAAGAGAAUCGUGUAAUCUCGUCAAGAAUGACCGUAUCAACGAUGGCAGAACGAUUCUCAAUGGAUCACCGCAUCAUUUUUGUAUCGAAGGAUCAUCAGAUACGAAUCUAUUCGGUGGUCAACUUCGAAUCACCGCUCUGAAGUACAAAAAUAGCCGAGGAAUUUUGAUUUUAACAUUCUACCCAGGUGAAGGAAUGUUCGAACAAUUUUAUUAAUCGUUUACGAGUGAGAAAAAUGAAGAUUGAUUUUUCUAAAAGUAGGGGGAUUCACUUUUCACCGAAGUGUUAAAUAGGAACACGUCGAAAAUUGAGCCGCCUAUACGCAGAAAUUUGGAAAAGCUCGACAUCACCGAAUCGAUCCGUAACUCUGAAUAGUCUGGCGAUAGAAAUCAGGCCAUGUGAUAAACGGGCGUCGUUGUUCAACUUAUCAAUGAUAUACAUAUUGUGUACUUCGUGUUGUAAAUAGACAGCAAAUCACGGACCCUUAUUUUUACUUAAA